UGAGACCUCCUAGACACCGCACCCACGGAAAGUUUCACCUGUUGUGUAAUGUCUGGUGCGUCUUGCCCUCCGCCGCCGCUGAGAAGACUGACUUGAAGUAGCGCCUCACGGGUUCGAAGUCAUUGGAAGAUCGUUAUCCUGCAUCACGGCUCAUCUGUGUGUAAAGGACCCAGCCUGGUGACUCUCUGGGAAGGAUCCGGGUGGUAAAGGAUCGUGCAUGAAGGGUCUGGAUCGCUGCAGGAGUCCCAGGUGUUCUGUGCUGACUGUGAGCGCCUCCCCAGCUGGAGAAAAAAUGCAUGGUGAGGAUGCAGGAGUGAGCCCAAGGGCGCGCUCCCCCAGCAAACACCGCAGCCCCGCCACCGCCACCCGUGGGAGCGCCAGGUCCCCCCACCCCCUUGGGCGGACCUGUCCCCAGUCCCACUACCCCCGCCAUGUCUCCCCGGCAGUAGUGAGGCCCACGCAGAGCCCUCACCACCACUCCCCAUCCCCAAGCAGUAAUUCUUCCCCCAAGAAACUUCCCAAGCCCUUCCCCUUUAACAAACUCCUCCCCGACGUCCUCCACACUCUUGGACGUACUACUCCAAGAUCACCGCGGCGCAACUCCCCCGCGCCCACCAUCAAAGUACCUCAGCUGCCCAGGCUGAGAGAAAACGUUCGCAAACUUCCUGUGGACUUCCGCCUGCUGUUGAAGGACUCCUUACACCUCCUGCAGCAGCGGAAGGCAUCGAUACAAUUCACAGGAGCCCCAGAGAAGGAUGGCCCCAAGACAGUGCUAGAUCAAGAAGCACAAGGAACGUCAGAACUCAAGGACGAGGUGCUGGACAGAAGCAGCAUCAGCGCUCCCCUUCUGAGGACGCGGCACGGCAGUAUUACCAGUGACUACUUCAGUGACUCCGGCGAGCCCUCCCUUUCCCCCUCGCUCAUCAAGGACCACGAAUUUGUCCUGCAGCUGGACCUGGUGGAUGAAGAGUCCCAGAGCUCCAGGGCGCCAAGCAGAGCCCCAUCCAGAGUCGCGGUCCACAGCCAUGAUGAAGAGGACGAAGCGGACUUGCCUUUGGAAGAGUUCCCCUCCAACCCUGACCGUUUUCUUAAACUUUUAGUCCCGCUUGCUGGAGAAAAUGGAGCCUCUGUAGAGGAAGGGAAACUUGUCUGUAAUCCCCAAGCCAAUUUGAGUGCCAAACAGGACUUCCUUAACCUAGUACCUGAGACUAGAUUAUGUUCUUCGAAGUCGCCUUUUGGGUUUAGUUCCUCUCCUCUGCACAUUUCUUUAGCACAUCAGCACAUUCACAGCCCCCGCAGCACGUCCCCCUCACCUCCCCCACCACCCACUGCCCCACCCCUCUCAUCUCACGGUGCCAAAGCUUGCCGCGGGGACCUUCCUGCGGCGCCAUGGCAUCCCUUGUGUGAAUCCCCGGACACUUCUACAGGCAAACUGGUUGACGACGUACGCAUCACCGCAAUGGACAACGAUAAAGGCUGCAGUAGCAAUGGCGGCGGUGUAGGAGGGCUGGGUCCCCUGAGCUUCUCGCUGUCCUCGCUCUCGGGGUCGUCUAGUCCCGUGCUAGAUCAGGUCAGCCCCGCGAGGACGGCCGCAGAGCUACACACCAACUCUCUCAACCGCCGCAAGACUAAGUGA